AAAUCCUUCAAAUUUUUAAUGGGGUUCUUUUUUUUUUUUUUUUAAUUGUUUUGGGUUUUUGUAUUUUUUCAUGAAAGAAUAAGCAAGCAGUAACAUAGGAAAUAGAGAUGAGAAGAAGAAGAAGAACCCAGCUGUUCCUUUUCUCAAAGCUCUCUUCCUCACUUAAACCUCCCCAAAAAAACACAAAAAUCUAAUUAAACAUCAAAAUUUUUUCUUCACUUUGGAAGCUACUUCUCAAAGACCCUUUUUUUUUUCAAGUAGAUCUGUACGGACCUCUCCUUUUUAUUGGUUUCUUACAACGGAGAUGGAUUCUUAAACCGGUUGAUUCUAAUGGGUGCUGUUUCUAAAUCUCAGUUGGAUUCCUAUCAAAUGAAAGCAUGUGCACUGGAUUGGAGCGGUUAAAGCACACACCGUCUCCAACAACAUCUAAUAUUUCUUUUGAAAAUAGAAGAAAUCCUAGCGUAGAUAUGAAUCACUUGACUGUAGAGACUGAAGAUACUUUUGCUAGCUUGCUUGUGCUUGCUGCUAAUAAUGAUUUUGAGGGCUUUAAAGGAUCCAUUGAGCGUGAUCCUUCUGGUGUUGAUGAGGUUGGGCUGUGGUAUGGUCGUCAGAAGGGCUCGAAGCAGAUGGUUAAUGAGGAGAGAACCCCUUUGAUGGUUGCUGCUACGUAUGGGAGCAUCGAUGUUAUUAAACUGAUCCUUUCUUUGUCGGAUGCUGAUGUUAAUCGCGUGUGUGGCCAUGACAAAAGCACUGCCCUUCAUUGUGCUGCCUCAGGUGGGGCUGUGAAUGCUAUUGAUGUUGUGAAGCUGCUUUUAGCAGCUGGUGCUGAUGCAAAUAUGGCUGAUGCCAAUGGUCAUCAUCCCGUUGAUGUUAUUGUUGUUCCUCCGAAGCUUCAAGCUCUAAAAUUAACUCUUGAAGAACUUCUUGCUACUGAGAGUUCUGUUAUUGAACGCAAUUUAAGGGUGUCAACAGCAGUUGCAAAUUCCAACUCCCCCCCUCUAUCAUCUUUUCUGGAAAACGGGUCACCAUCAUCUGGUUCAGAUUACCCAAUGAAGUCAAAGUCAACCGAUCCUCCUAUUUCUUAUACAUCAGAGAAGAAAGAAUACCCAAUAGAUCCAUCUCUUCCAGACAUCAAGAACAGCAUCUAUUCCACUGAUGAGUUCCGGAUGUAUUCAUUCAAGGUGCGCCCUUGUUCCCGUGCCUAUUCCCAUGAUUGGACAGAAUGUCCCUUUGUUCACCCAGGGGAGAAUGCUCGAAGAAGGGAUCCUAGGAAGUUUCAUUACAGCUGUGUUCCUUGCCCUGAUUUUCGCAAGGGGGCAUGUAGGCGUGGAGAUAUGUGUGAAUAUGCUCAUGGUGUUUUUGAAUGCUGGCUACACCCUGCUCAAUAUCGAACCCGGCUGUGCAAGGAUGGUACUAAUUGUGCAAGGAGAGUCUGCUUUUUUGCUCAUGCUGCUGAGGAACUCCGACCCCUGUUUGUCUCCACUGGUUCUGCUGUUCUAUCUCCACGGUCAAGCACUGCUGGUGCUACAGCCAUGGAUUUUGCUGCCGCCUUGAGCCUCAUGCCUGGAUCACCUUCAUCUCUAUCCGUUAUUUCUCCAUCACCAUUCACACCACCCAUGUCUCCAUCUGCGAAUGGCAUGUCUCAUUCUAAUGUUGCCUGGCCACAGCCUAAUGUUCCAGCCCUGCAUCUUCCAGGAAGCAAUCUUCAAUCUAGUCGCCUGAGAUCUUCUCUUAAUGCAAGAGACAUUCCAGCUGAAGACUUCAACUUGUUGUCGGAUUUUGAUGUGCAGCAACAACAGUUGAUAAAUGAGUUAUCUAGCGUCACUCAGCCAUCUCUGAGUUCUAAUUCUUUGAAUCGAUCUGGUCGGUUGAAGACCCUGACCCCAUCAAAUCUUGAUGAUCUCUUUUCUGCUGAGAGCUCAUCUCCGCGGUAUUCUGAUCAAUCGUUGGCUUCAGCCGUUUUCUCUCCAACCCAUAAGUCUGCUGUUCUCAAUCAAUUUCAGCAGCAGCAAACCAUGCUAUCACCUAUCAAUACAAAAUUUUCUCCUAAAAAUAUUGAGCAUCCUCUAUUGCAGGCUUCUUUAUCUGGUAGGAUGUCUCCUCGAAAUGUGGAACUUAUCUCACCAAUGAGCUCUCGAGUUUCAAUGUUAGCUCAACAUGAGAAGCAACAACAAUUUCGUAGCCUAAGCUCUAGGGAGCUUGGCUCUGGCUCUGCUGCCAUUGUCGGUUGCCCGGUAAAUUCUUGGUCAAAAUGGGGAUCCUCCAAUGGGAAGCCAGACUGGGCUGUCAAUGCAGAUGAAUUAGGCAAGCAUCGCAGGUCAUCUUCAUUUGAGCUUGGCAAUGGAGAUGAGCCUGAUUUUUCUUGGGUUCAAUCCCUUGUUAAAGAAUCUCCCACUGAGAUCAAAGAGAAAAUGGCAGCGCCUGUCUCGAGUGUUGCACCGAAUGCUUCUGCAAGUGAGGGUUCUAAUAUGAACUCUCAAAUUGAUCCAGUUGAUCAUGCUAUGUUGGGAGCAUGGCUUGAGCAAAUGCAGCUUGAUCAGCUUGUGGCUCAGCAGAACUGAAACCAGUUUGACUGAGCCCUGAGGUAGAGACAACAAAAAGGUUUUGGUAAAUAACAUUUGUAUUUUUUGGGAUUUUGUUGAUGAAUAUGGAAGGAAGGUAAACAGGAACACAAGGUGCAGGCAAGAAAGAAGGUCAGUUGACAAGGGAAAUUCAUUUUUCACCAUUUAUUAUUACAACAAAAACAGUUAGAAAAGGGUUGAGAUAACCUCUGGGUUAUGUUUAAAGAAAUUACGCCCAGGCUAGGUGUUUUUUCUUGCAAUAUUUCGAAAUUAGAUUUCUAUUUUGUUCGGCCUUUUUUCUUAUGAUGAGCUGCUUUGUUCAUGACAAUGAAACCAAAAUAUUAUGUUUCCUGAUAUCCUUUUACUGUUACAUUCAUUAUCACCUUUGUGAGAAAUCAAAUGAAGAUGGAUCAUGAAGUUCUUCUGAUCUCAACUCUCAAGAGUUUGAUGGUUUUAUCAGGUUUUGGUCAAAAUUCUUUGGAGAGACUAUAAGACAGGAAAAUUUGUUUCUUCUGAUGUAGUAUUGGAAUCAAUAAUCUGUUGGUGCCUGUAAUGUGGACGAACAGGGUUGGAGAAAACUAUGAUCCUUUGAUGAUGAUGAUGAUGAUGAUGAUGUAAAAUUCAACUAUAGUUUAUUGCUUAUUACUAUUCCAAAUACCUUAAUUUUAUUGUUAGUUUGUUACCAUAUGCUUAUCUAUUUGUCUUUUAUUUCA